CUGCAGUAUUCUUUUCUUUUUUUCUUUUUUUUUUGUAUUUGUUUUGUUUCCUAACAAGGGUCAAGUUGGCCAAUAGACACGUCCCUGAUGCUUAUAGACAGCUGUCAUGACUUCAAGUGCUCACAAUAGUUACAUUUUUACAUGAAUUCGGGGGAACUGCAGCGAGAGAUGUGUUAGCAAAGGAUUCUGAAAGCAGUUUUAUUCGCUGUUGUUGUGUAAUUUAGCUCCUUUAAGAGGUUGAGUAGGAGCAGCCUUUCUUAUAUUACCCAUUACAUAUGAGUGUCAUCAUCAAGUCAAAGUGUAUACAUCACCAUGCUAUAUUAAUUACAGUCACAUAAUUAGACAUUUACACUCUCUUCACUCUGGACCCUGAGGAAUAUAAAUCUCAUUUCUCAAUUAGAAUGACUCUAAAUUACUGUUUCAUUCAAUUGUUUUUCGGAGCAGUCUGUCCCACCCAUUGAUUUUCUCUUGUGUUUUUUUUUUUUUUUGUUGCUUCUGGGGUGAAUCUAUCUUUUAUGUGAUUAAAAAGACCUUCAGAGGUCUUACCUUGAGGAUCACCAUGUGGUGUAUUUACACAGAAAAUAAUUCAGCCCAUUGUAGCCCGGCAGCUAAUGAGAUUGGUUGUUAAGUGAAUGACACAAAGGCAAAAAAAAAAAGAAAAAAAAGAAAAAAGCUUAGCGUUUUUGGAUGAAUAUCAUUGUGUCCCUGCACACACACACACACACGCACACACACACACACACACACACACACACAUACUCUCUCGGCAGAGGGACUCUGGACUACCCGGUACCCCACCUCGAUGUCCUUCUGCUCCGUCUCCUCCCACGGUGUCACCAUGAGAUGCAAAACAAAGGCGAGAAGGGUCUCGAUAAUGAAUUACAUGAUCACCUUCUGAGAGACUACGAGUGGGAAAGCAUCGACCGGCGGGCACAGUGCGCAGCUGCAAUCUCACCCUACGGAGCGCUCGGAAAACUACAAUCAAAGAUGGAUUCCGAAGGUGAGGAGCGAACCCUGAGAACGUGUAACGGCAACACAGGGCCGACCGACCGCAUCGCCGAGGCUCACAGCCCGUACGGGUCCAUGGCGAGGAAGAGGAGCGCCCAGGAAGGGGUGCAGGGCGCCCCCGUCAACAAGAGAAAGUCCCUGCUGAUGAAGCCCCGCCACUACAGCCCCAGCGAGGCAUGUGAAGAGGAGAGCGAGGACCUGGCACCGCCGCAGGACAAAGAGGAGCCGAGGAACACUGACACUCCAGCAGACGGGAGCCUGUGUGCAAUCAAUGGAGCCGCCUACAGAAACGGCUACAAGUCCAGCGACUCCGUGGGAUGGUCGGAGGUCACAUCCGACGCGGCCGAGCCUCCGAUGGACGACGGCGACGAGGAGGAGGAGGAGCUGCUCAGCGACGAAAGGGAGGAGCAGGGGCCGGACGCGGCGAGCGGCGCCUCGGCGUCGCCGCGCAGCCCGUACCGAGGCGCCGGGGAGGCCGCGUGGGAGCCGCUGCACCUGCCCGCCGACUUGGACGGCUCCCGCUGCAGCCCCGCCCCCCCCGCCGCCGCCGGCGGCGCCUCAGAGGACCUCUCGAGCAGGAGCGGCCGCGUGAAGGCGGAGCCCCGCUCUCACCCGGGCGGCGUCCUCCUGAGGUGCGGGCCGCCGGCCGCGGAGGAGGACAGCGAGGGGGAGGCGGAGGCCGAGGGGCGCCCCCAGCUGGACGGGUGGGCCCUGGGCCUCCACGACAGGGGCCUGGACAGCAUGGGCCGGGGGAGGGUGAACUUCAGCCUGCUGGAGCAGGCCAUCGCUCUGCAGACGGAGCAGAGGCAGGUGCUGCACCACGCCUACAGGGAGAUGGACCGCUUCCUCAUGGAGCAGAUGAGCAACGAGAGGAGGCACCACAGGAUGAUGGACAUGGACGGCAGACUCAGCUACCACGGAGGGGGAAAAGAUUCCCCCCGCACAGACAAAAAGGACAUAAAGUGUCCGACCCCUGGCUGCGAUGGCACCGGUCAUGUGACCGGCCUGUACCCGCACCACCGCAGCUUGUCCGGGUGUCCUCACAAAGUCAGAGUCCCCCCGGAGAUCCUGGCCAUGCACGAGAACGUCCUCAAGUGCCCCACACCCGGCUGCACAGGAAGGGGCCAUGUCAACAGCAACCGUAGCACCCACCGGAGUCUCUCAGGCUGCCCCAUCGCCGCCGCCGUGAAAAUCUCCAAGCCCCAGGAGGAGAGCCCGAAAUGCAGACAAACGCCUGACUGCUCACCCAGAGCCAUCGGCUUGAUGAAGAAGUUUGAGAUGAACCAGUUGAACUACCGGCUCUCUCAUCCAGUAGCGGCCCUGAAGACGAGCCUCACAAAGGACAUGGACAAGUACAGCCGGAUCCGCUUCGACUACGCCAGCUUCGACGCCCAGGUCUUCGGCAAACAGCCUCUGAUGGGCACCAACCAGGACCAGGAGAUGACACAUUACCCCGACUCGCCUCAGCGGUACCACGCCUUUCUCGGCGCCCCAGGCGGCGGCGGCUUGCCCGCCUCGGGUCAGCGCAGCCCGCCGAGUCACUUCAGGAAAGAAGACGGCCUCCAGGCCGCCGCCGCCACCGCCGCCAUCCUCAACCUCUCCACCCGCUACCGGAAGAGCAUGGAGGCCGUCGCCGGCCGGCCCCUGGCAACCUCCACAAAGGACGCCGCGCCCAUAGAGGUGGACGAAAACGGCACCCUGGACCUGAGCAUGAAGAAGAGCAAGGACAGCGGCAAAGCCCCCCUGGACGACUCGCCGUCCCUCGCCGCCGAGGCCGCCAAGGCAGGCGGCGUGCUCGUGGGCCCCGCCUUCUACCAGCCGCUGUGCGAGAGGGACGGCUGGGACGGCCCCCUCCCUCUCCACUUCAGCAAAGCUCACGCGGCGCCGGACGCAGAGGAGGAUUACGACCACAUGUCUGUUCUGGAGGAGCAACACUAUCAAGUGGACGGCAGCGUGAUGAGCCCCAAAGCCAAGCUGCUGCUACGGGACGCAAAGAAAGAGCUUCUGAGCUGUCCCACCCCGGGCUGUGACGGCAGCGGCCACGUGACGGGCAAUUAUGCAUCACAUCGGAGUGUGUCUGGAUGUCCCCUGGCUGACAAAACACUCAAAUCGCUGAUGGCAGCCAACUCUCAGGAACUAAAGUGCCCAACACCUGGCUGUGAUGGAUCGGGACACGUGACUGGGAACUACGCCUCGCACAGAAGCUUGUCAGGAUGUCCACGAGCCAGAAAGGGAGGUUUGAAGCUCACACCAGACAAGGAUGACAAAGAUGAGCAAGAGCUUAAGUGUCCGGUGAUGGGAUGCGACGGACAGGGCCACACGUCGGGAAAAUACACGUCCCAUCGCAGCGCCGGCAGCUGCCCGCUGGCGGCCCGGAGGCAGAAGGAGUCGUCCGUCGGCGGGCUGCCCUUCGCCUGGAAGGCCAACAAACAGGAGCUGCCCCACUGCCCCCUCCCCGGCUGCAACGGCCUCGGACACGCCAACAACGUGUUUGCCACUCACAGAAGCCUGUCGGGGUGCCCGCUGAACGCACAGAGCAUCAAGAAGAAGCACUCGGAGGAAGAGAUGAUGACCAUCAAGCUGAAGACCAGCAGCGGUGUCGAAAACAAGGAAGAUAUUCAACAUUUGGACCAUGAAAUUCAGGAGCUGAAUGAAUCCAACAUGAAAAUAGAAGCGGACAUGAUGCAGCUUCAAACGCAGCAGAUCUCGUCUAUGGAAUGCAACCUGCGGACGAUCGAAGAGGAGAACAAGAUGAUCGAGCAGCACAACGACAGCCUCCUGAAGGAGCUCGCACGCCUUAGCCAAGCGCUCAUCAACAGCCUGACGGACAUCCAGCUGCCUCAAAUGGGACCCAUCAGCGAGCAUAAUUUUGAAGCCUAUGUGAACACGUUAACUGAUAUGUACAACAACUCGGAGCACGAAUACUCUCCGGAGUGCAAGGCCCUCCUGGAUAACAUCAAGCAGGCCAUUAAGGGCAUCCAUGUUUGAGCUGCGGUUCCUUUGACUCGGGGUAAUGGCACUAGAUGGCUCUAUUUUCCCGGAGUGAGCGUAGGCUCGGCUGCAUGUACAAGGCGAGGCUUCUGGAAAAUGCGUCUCCCAGUGAGCGCACUGCACUGAGAAGAAUGACCAGCCGGAUUUGUAAUGCUUUCACUGUUUCUGCGUUCACUUGAUAUGUUUAUCUUGGUGAGAUUUUUACCCCUCUUGCACUUAAUUAUUUUGUAUGGUUUGCUUGAUUUUAAUCUGUAUCUGUUCAUGUCAUUCUUAUAUUAUCACUAUUUAUUAUUAUUAUUAUAUCUGUUCAUCAGUGUAUUUAUUUCCUUGAUUUUAUUUAUUUCUUGAAUUGUAAAUGCUUCAUAAUUAAGGAAUCUGUUUGACUUUCUGCACAUUGUAAAUUUGCAUAGAAGCACAUUCCAAUUUCAUGGCAUACUUUCGCCAUCUAGUGUUGAAAAACGUAUAUUAUUAUUAUUAUUAUUAAAGCAUAAGUUGGAUCUCCCUUCAAAGUAAAAAAAACUACCAAAACGACUAAGAAUCAAUAUUUUUAAGCAUUGCUUUUGCUUUCUUUAUUGGAAACUGAAUGUAUGGUGAGACAAAGUGAACACUGAGAUGAAAAAAAAAAUGCAAUGCAACUGUACUGUACCUUUUCCUUCUUAACCCAAUAACAACAGAAUGCAACCAGGAAGUGACACUGAGCAAAAAAAAGCAACAUCAUUCGGUGAACUGAAUGUCCAGAUUCUGCUUUGCGUAGAAGGAGAGUGCGACACAAAUCAAAAAUCCACUUUGUCGAGAUGUCUUUUUUUAAAAUAUAGAUAUUAAACUGCCUUCUGUGCACACACUUUGAAGUGUGCAUAUAGUAUGUGCCUAAAUGUAUAUGAAUCCAUAAAAGUAUACGAGUACUAUGUUUUGUGGUAGGACAGUAUUAUGUGGAUGGUGUCUAAUUUAUUAUACAGUACAAUUAUUUUCAUAGGAGGAAACGUUCCUGGUGACUGUUUAAACGCCGUCGUCUCAGUAGCCGUAAUCUCAGAGGCCGGUUUUGGAAAAAUCACAAGUGAGAUUGAAAAAUCUGGUGUUUAUUUGACCUUUUGCUAGCACGGUGAGAGGGGAAAUGAAAUAAAAGAGUAGAAUAGAAAUAUCAGCAACAUCCAUUCCCGUUUUAUCUUAAACUGCUUACGAGCCUUAAGAUCCCAACCCGUCGCACAGUUUGAGUUUUAUUGAAACGCUUGGGGCAGAUUUGAAGAGUAGCUUUUUAAAAAAAAAAAAAAAAAAGAGCUGUCCGCCACCACAACUUGCAUUUUGGUUUCAAUCAUUUAAAAGAAAAAAGGAAAAAGUAACGACAACGUAGACAAAUGGUAGUUGUUGGCAUCAAUUGCACUUUUGUAUCUAAUUAUUUUGUAUUUUUAGUUCAACGUACAGCCGUUAACUGACAAAAGAGGGAAACGUGACGCUGUUGCAGCAUCACUGGUCCAUACAGUGUGAGUCUCAUUAAGUUAAUCCCACAGGACAAAACAUUUGAGCAAUACAUUUUUCAUUUUUGCAAAAAUAAGUCAGACAAUUUGUAGAGAAAAAGACGUAACAGCAAAACAGCCAAAUUACAGAAAAUGAGAUCCCGUUUUUAAUCCAAAAACUCAAUGAUUUAAAGAAUUUUGAACUUGAAAAAAGAUGGAAUCAAACUCUUUAAACCUAGCAAUCCUUUAUUUAUUUAAUAUAUUUAAUUCGUAUACCACACAUUGUUUGCUCAGGAAGUUUUGUGAAUAAUAAUUAUUUUUCCCGUUAGUAUUUGAUGUUUUGUAAUGUGAAAUGCUUUUUUUUGUGGAACAAUAUUAGUAUGAUAUGAAAUUGUAUUGUAUUUUCUUUUCUUUUAAAUUAAAUUAAAUUAAAUUAAAUUAAACUAAACGGUAAUGCUUUUUUUCAGUUGAAGUAGUUUGUAAAUUGAAAACUUCCUAUUACUUUUACUAUUUCAUAAUAAACAGAUAUGCGCUGUGUUGUACAGUUUGUGUAUGGUAGAAAUAAACUUUUCAAAUGGU